AUGUUGCUUCCAGAUCUCAUGUCAACGCUGAGCCCUCAGCUACUGGUGGCAGCUGCUCAGCAGACUCUGGGCAUGGGAAAGAGAAAGAGUCAUCCUCGAGCCAUCUGCUUCCACCUAGCUGGAGAGGUGCUGGCUGUGGCCUGGGGACUGAAGCCAGCUGUGCUCUAUGAUUGCAACUCUGCAGGAGUAUUGGAGCUUCAGAACUACCUGGGGCAGCUGCAGGGGCUGGGCUUCCUGGCCCUGGGACUUCACAUUCUUGAGAUUGGAGAAAAUAGCCUCAUUGUCAAUCUUAAGCAUGUAUGUGAACAUUUGGAGCAGGUGCUGCUUGGUACCAUAGCCGUGGUGGAUAUUUCCAGCAAACAUCCUCACCCUUCUGUCUGUUCAUUGGACCGGCUUCAGGACUUGAAGGCCCUCGUGACCGAGCUCAUCAUGCAUUUGCAUGGCCUGCAGAGGGACCUGUCUGUAGGUGUCUCCCAUAGCAGGCUCCAUUCCACAGACUGGAAUCUCUGUACUUUAUUUGGGAUCCUCCUGGGCUAUCCUGUGUCUUACACCUUUCACAUGAACCAAGGAAAUGACAACUGCUUAGCCCUAAUCCCAUUACGGGUGUUUACUGCCAGGAUCUCAUCACUGCUAUGUCAACACCAAAUCCUACUUCCUUUAGUGUCCAUAGGCUUGUUCCCAAGCCAUAUUCUAAAUGCCUGGGAGAAGGAUCUCAGAACCCGAUUUAGGACUCAGAAUGACUUUGCUGACCUCAGCAUCUCCUCUGAGAUAGUGACACUGCCAGUUGUGGCCCUCUGACUUUAAUUCUCCUCCUAUCUAGAAGGUAUUCAGUAAAUAAACAUCUUUGGAUUGGUGAUGUCAAAUAGGAAUCAUGUCAAGUGCCAAUUCCAAGUGUCUUGAGAACAUGAGGGAAGAAUGCUAUGAGCAAUUGGCCACAUAUGCAAAUGGGAAUAGGUGGUGGUGGUGGUGAUAGCAUUGGUAGUACAUGUUUGCCAUUUCAGUACUUGGAAAUCUGUACUUAGCAGAGGUA